UGUUACUUAUACAUGUACUUACAUUUAUGAGAUAAAAGUGAGAUAAAAAGAUAAAGUAAUGGGGUUCGUACAUAUGUAUGUGUAACUAUAAUGCACACGACUACGUCAAUAAUGUAUCGGAAUUGAAGUGUAGAAAAUACUUAAAUGAAAACUUACCUCACAGAUAUGAAAUUCUAUUUUAUUUUUACUAACAAAUAAAAAUGGGAUUCCAGUUAUAACAUCGCAUUUAUUUUUAUUUUUACAGACAAAUAAUAUGGAAUUCCAGUGAAAAAUUUCCAACAAUGAACUAUUUAUAGUUUCGCCAUACAUGUUUAUAUAAGCCAUUGAGUACGGUUGUUCAUGAACAGAACAGAACGGGAGAGAACAUUUACUAACAUUGCCAUUUCGUCAAUUCUACAGAUGGAUGAAACAAAAUGAACCGAAUUUUGUUACUAAAUAGUUAUUUUGACAUUUUAAUUUCAUAGAUAUAUUGGUCUAUGAAAAAUGUUCUUAUUCAUGCAAUUAUGGUACUGGAGAAAGUAUCGUCGGGAGGAAUUUAAGCAAAAUCAAGUUAAACAACCCUUCAUGGUCAGAGUUUGCUUUUUGUGCUCCGGCAGUGACUAUUGUUGAUUACUGGCAGUUGCAGUAGUUUGUACAUCUUACUAUUAAGAUUGCCAUGUAAAUACUACGCAAAACAAACGUUUGUGUGUAGACUUACAAAGAUUCAGUACAUGACCAUUUUUUUACUGAAUAUGCAGGGUCUGUAGUUUUCCCUUCAAAAUUUAGUUGGAAAAAUACUUUGCAAUCAAAUUUGAUCAACAUGAAGAAGAAAUAAUGGUUCAUAUUAAAGACACACAUAGUGAUGUGACUAGAGAUAUUCUUCGAAUUGACAAUUCUCUAAUUUAUGGAUAAUUUAGCAGGAAUUCACCAAAAUUGUUCACUGUAUGUGCACAGAUUAUACUGGAGUCAGAAUGAUUGAAAAGUUGCUCUCAUACCUGGUCAGUGAUUCUCUGCAAGUGCCAGUAUGGACUAUUGUUCUGGCUGCUGCUGUUGUUGUAGCUGUUGUUUGGGAGAAAAGAAAACCCAGGACAGCCCAACAGACAACAACCAGUCAAGAACAAAAACCACAUGCUCCAACAGAACAAAAUGUAAAACCUACAGUCUCAAAAAAGAAUAUUGAUGUCAGCAAGUUUGUCAGAUUGAAGCUGAAGAUAUUCUAUGGAACUACUACAGGAAAAUCCAAGUUGUUCGCUGGCCAGCUUGCUGAGGAGGGUGGUAGGAAGGGUUAUAAGAUUGACCUUGUGGACCUGGCAACGUACGAGCCAGAAGAUGACCUUUCUGAAAUUGGUACAGACACAGUGUGUGUGUUUAUAGUCUCCACAUACACUGACGGCACUCCCCCUGAGAGCGCUGCCUGGUUUUGCAAAUGGCUGGAGGAAGCGUCAACAGACUUCCGUAUGGAAAAAACACUUCUCAGAAACAUGCAGUACUGUGUCUUUGGACUGGGCAACUCUCUGUACUCAGAUCACUACAACACUGUGGGGCGAAACAUUGACCGCUGGAUCCACAGCAUGUCUGGGAAGAGGGUGACUAUUCUUGGACAGGGAGAUGAGGAUGUGGUCAACAGUCGGCAUGGAGGUAUAGAGGAAGAUUUCAAAGCUUGGCGAAAGAUAUUCUGGCGGAAGGCAGGCCCAGUCCUAACAGGUCGUAAGACUCUGAUGUCAGUCACUGGCAAGAGUAAGGAGGGAUGUAAUGACGGAGAAAAGUGUGGGGGUUCGUGCAAGUGUAAGGAUGAGGGAGGGGCAUGCUCCAGUGAUGAGGAUCAGGAGGGUGACGAGCCCUUGUAUGAGACAAGCAGCGAGGAAGAAGAUGAUGAUGCAGAGUCAGGUGGGGAAGAGGAGGGUGUGGUCACCCAGAACCCAGGGGGCGUGGUCGACCUGGAGGAUCUGGGCAAGGUCAUGAAGAAAAUGAAGACUGCCAAGGCUGCACGGCGCGCAGAGGAGUCAACAGUAGCUGCAGGAGGCGAGAGGAAGGAAAUGGUAACACCACAACUGAGGAAGGCCCUCACCAAACAGGGGUAUCGCAUUAUUGGCUCCCACUCAGGCGUCAAACUAUGCAGGUGGACCAAGUCGAUGUUGCGGGGUAGAGGCGGAUGCUACAAGCACACAUUUUAUGGUAUAGAAAGCCACCGUUGCAUGGAGACCACUCCCAGCCUUGCCUGUGCAAAUAAAUGUGUCUUCUGCUGGAGGCACCACACCAACCCAGUGGGCACGGAGUGGCGUUGGCAGAUGGACGACCCUGAGCUUGUGUUCUCAGGAGCCCUAGAGAGCCAUGUCAGCAUGAUCAAGCAGUUCAAAGGAGUGCCUGGUGUGAUUGCCGAGAGGUUUGCAGAGGGUUUGAACCCAGCUCACUGCGCCUUGUCCCUGGUAGGAGAGCCCAUUAUGUACCCAGAGAUAAACCGCUUUGUGAACAUGCUGCAUGAAAAACACAUCUCUACCUUCCUCGUGACAAACGCACAGUUUCCCGAUGCUAUCACGAAUCUUUCUCCAGUGACGCAACUUUACGUUAGUGUGGAUGCUAGCACCAAGGAUAGCCUAAAGAAGAUAGACCGGCCCCUUUUCAAGGACUUCUGGGAAAGGUUCCUAGACAGCCUGCGGGCCCUGUCAGAAAAGGGGCAGAGAACUGUGUAUAGGCUUACCCUUGUCAAGGCAUUCAACACAGAUGAGAUUGAUAAUUACGCCAGACUUGUGUCCAUUGGAAAACCGGAUUUCAUUGAGAUUAAGGGCGUGACAUUCUGUGGUGAUUCGAAGGCGUCCACUCUGACCAUGGGUAAUGUUCCUUGGCAUGAAGAGGUCGUCAAGUUUGUUCAACAGUUUGCAGAGGAAUUACCUGACUAUGAGAUCGCCUCUGAACAUGAACACUCCAAUUGCCUGCUUUUAGCUCAUAAGAAGUUCAAGGUCAACGGUGAGUGGUGGACCUGGAUCGACUACCCACGGUUCCACAAGCUCAUAAAAGAAUGGACUGAGAGUAAUGGUGAGCGGACGUUCACCGCCCUUGAUUACAUGGCCAAGACCCCACACUGGGCUGUGUUUGGGGCCCGGGAACAAGGCUUUGACCCCGCAGAGACCAGAUACUUCAGGAAGAACCCAAAGAAGGACAUUGGGGGCUGUUGAAAGAGGGCACUGGUUAUUUUUCAUUGGAGUGAUUAUUCUAAAUUGCUUUCAAAGGAGUGUUUGUUUGUUAUAUUUAGAAGGUCUUAUAUUUAGUUGUGUUUGGAUAAAAGAUUACUUUUUAAAUAACAAACAUGCUUUGUGUUCUUACAUGAAGAAAUAUGUAAAUUGGCUUCUGACAUUUAGGACCACAUCUUGAUUUUUCAGGAGUGUAAGAGUAUGACUUUUCCAUAAUUGUUGUUGUUGUAUUUCUGUGCAAUGAAAAAGAAUAUGCAUAUGUAUACAAGUGCUUAUGUUACCACAUAAGAUCCCUAUUUAUUUAAGCAAUAACCUGUCAGACUCAAAUUAACACUAUCAGAAGUUCCACAUGGUUUUUACAGUUCAUUGUAGCUACAGAUUUUCUAUAAAAAUAACGCUACCUGUGAGGAGACACAUUCCAGCCACGGGACCUAGAUGGUGCGCCAUGCUAAAAUACUGUUGCACAGGAUUUGUUUAUAUAGCACUGGAUAACAAACAUCUUAAACAAUGAACCCCUGAUCUGCAUGGUUCAGAUCUAGUUCUCAGUAAGCUCCAGAUGUCUGGUGAGGAUGUCAUUCUAGAUAAUUACACAUGUAUAUUUUGUAUUGUGUUUCUUUUGUUAAGUAUUCAAAUACAACUGUUAACCACAAACAAAGGUAUGUGGUGCUGUAUGAAAACCAAAUGAGUAAGUGUUAAAUAUAUAAGAAAAUGAUAGUUUUACUACAUGAUGUCAAGUAUGUACAUGUAGGAUGUUAUGAAUUUAAAGGAAUGCACAGUAUAGCGGAUUUAUUUGUGCACUUACUUGAUAUGAACAAUUUGAAAUGUCAACAAAGGUUUAUGAAAUAUUAUCGUUUUUCUUAUACAAAUACUUUUACAUUAUUUUGCUGAUCACUUACAGGCAUAUAUAAGCCAUUGGAAUAUAUUUUUAUUCAUGUUUUGGUACAUCACAAGUUGUGUUUUUAAAACAUUGAAUAAAAUCAUAAUACAUUUCUUGGCAUUAUGUACUAUUUUAUCUUAUUUUAACACUUGUAUUCUAAGUGUUUCCCAAAAAAAGUGUGUAUUAGAUGAGUAGGCGGACCUUAAAAGCUGCACUCUCACAGUUUUGCCAUUUUAACAACUUGUUAGCUCACCUGAGCACGAAGUGCUCAAGGUGAGCUAUUGUGAUCGCCCUGUGUCCGUCGUCGUCCGUCAUCAACAAUUUGACUGUUAACACUCUAGAGGUCACAAUUUGGGCACUAUCUUAAUGAAACUUGGUCAGAAUGUUACCCUCAAUAAAAUCUUGGAUGAGUUCGAUAUUGGGUCAUCUGGGGUUAAAAACUAGGUCACCAGGUCAAAUAAAAGGAAAAGCUUGUUAACACUAUAGAGGUCUCAUUUAUGACUGUAUCUUCAGGAAACUUGGUCAGAAUGUUAAUAUUAAUACUCUCUAGGUCAAGUUCGAUUCUGGGUAAUGUGCGGUCAAAAACUAGGUCACCAGGUCAAAUUGAAGGAAAAUCUUGUUAACACUCUAGAGGUCUCAUUUAUGACUGUAUCUUCAUGAAAAUUGGUCAGAAUGUUUAUAUUAAUAAUCUUUAAUUCAAGUUUAAAUCUGGCUCAUGUGCGGUCAAAAACUAGGUCACCAGGUCAAAUCAUAGGAAAACCUUGUUAGCACUCUAGAGGUCACAUUUAUGACUGUAUGUUCAUGAAAUUUAGUCAGAAUGUUUAAAUUAAUAAGCUCUAGGCCAAGUUUGAAUCUGGGCAUGUGCAGUCAAAAACUAGGUCACCAGGUCAAAUUUAAGGAAAAGCUUGUUAACACUAGAGGUCACAUUUAUAAAGGUUUCUUCAUGAAAGUUGGUCAGAAUGUUUACAUUAAUUAUCUCUAAGUCAAGUUUAAAACUGGGUCAUGUGCAGUCAAAAACUAGGUCAUAAGGUCAAUUCAUAGGAAAAGCUUGUUAGCACUCUAGAGGUCACAUUUAUGACUGUAUCAUCGGGAAUCUUGGUCAGAAUGUUUAUAUUGAUUACCUCAAGGCCAAGUUCGAAUCUUGGUCAUGUGCAGUCAAAAACUAGGUCACCAGGUCAAAUUUAAGAAAAAGCUUGUUAACACUCUAGAGGUCACAUGUAUUACUGUAUCUUUAUGAAAGUUUGUCAGAACAUUUAUAUUAAUAAUCUCUAAGUCAAGUUUAAAUCUGGGUCAUGUGCGGUCAAAAUCUAGGUCAUUAGGUCAAAUCAUAGGAAAACCUUGUUAGCACUCUAGAGGUCACAUUUAUGACUGUAUGUCCAUGAAACUUAGUCAGAAUGUUUAUAUUGAUUAGCUUUAGGCCAAAUUUGAAUCUGGGUCAUGUGCGGUCAAAAACUAGGCCACCAGGUCAAAUAAUAGGAAAAGUAUUUUAACACUCAAGAGGCCAGAUUUAUGACCAUAUGUUUAUGGAACUUGAUCAGAAUGUUAUUGUUGAUGAUCUUUAUUGGAUCAGGUGAGCGAUUCAGGGCCUUCAGGGCCCUCUUGUUUAUUUUUUGUCUUGGAACAGGCAAUUUUUUGCGUAGAUAUCUGCAAACCAAUGAUAUAAGAUUACUUGAACCAGUAUAUAUUUUUACAACGAUUGUGAAGGAAGCUAUGAUAGCUUAUACUUAGUCACUCUCAUUGGCACGAUGUUGCGCGAGAGUGUGGUCUUGUGUUGUGGGGAAACCGGAGUACCCGGAGAAAACCCACUUGUCCGGCUUGGUGACAACUAACCCAACUCACAUGCACCCAGGCCGGGAAUCGAACCCGGGUCGCCUUGGUGAGAAGCGAUUGCGCUAACCACUGCGCUAACCGGACAACCAAUAUAUAUAUACCGGUAGAUAUGAGAUUGAUAACAAAAAAUCAGAACGUAGAUUUUCAUAUUUCCGUUUGAAAAUUAAUGUUUUAUGGCUUAAAUCGUUACAAACGGUUUAAAAAAAAUGCAUAAAACAUCAAUUCUUGAACUUAUAUAUAAAAAUCUGCAAUCUAAUGUUUUGUCAGCAGUCUUAUAUAAAUGGUUGUCAUGGAUUUUCGCAAAAGUUGGCUCGUUCCAAGACAAAAAAAUGAAAAAGUUGUCAAAAUGGUAGAACUGUGAGAAUGCAGCUUUAAACGCCAGCCAAAGUUGAAAUUCUGAAUGAUUAAACUUAAUGAUUGUCAAACUGCAAUUUCAUUGGCUGAAAAUGUCGGUUGUAUUCUAAUUAUUAUGCCCCCCUUCGAAGAAGAGGGGUAUAUUGCUUUGCACAGGCAUGUCGGUCGGUCGGUCCGUCGGUAGACCAAAACUUGUCCGAGUGAUAACUCAACAAUUCCUGGACGUCAUCAAACUUGACAUGAAGGUUGGGCCUGACCAGUAGAUGACCCCUAUUGAUUUUAGGGCUCAUCAGGUCAAAGGUCAAGGUCACAGUGACCUUUAAUGGUAAAAUAAUUUUAAAGCUUGUCCGAGUGAUAACUCAACAAUGCCUAGACCUAUGGUCAUCAAACUUGAUAUGGAAGUUGGGCCUGACCAUUAGAUGACCCCUAUUGUUUUUGGAGGUCAUCGGGCCAAAGGUCAAGGUCACAGUGACUUUGAAUGGUAAAAGGAUGUCCGAGUGAUAACUCGACAAUGCCUGCACCCUUGGCCUUCAUUCUUGACUUGGAGGUUGGGCCUGACCAGUAGCUGACCCCUAUUGUUUUUGGGGCACAUCGGGUCAAAGAUCAAGGUCAUAGUGACAUUGAAUGGUAAAAGGUUGUCCGAGUGAUAACUCAACAAUGCCUGCACCCAUGGCCCUCAUAAUUGACUUGGAGGUUGGGCCUGACCAGUAGACGAACCCUAUUGUUUUUGGGGGUCAUCGGGCCAAAGGUCAAGGUCAAAGUGACCUUGAAUGGUAAAAGGUUGUCCAUGUGAUAACUCGACAAUGCCUACACCCAUGGCCCUCAAACUUGACUUUGAGGUUGGGCCUGACCAGUAGAUGACCCCUAUUGUUUUUGGGGGUCAUCGGGCCAAAGGUCAAGGUCACAGUGACCUUGAAUGGUAAAAGGUUGUCCGUGUUAUUACUCGACAAUGCCUGCACCUAUGGCCCUCAAACUUGACUUGGGAGGUUGGGCCUGACCAGUAGAUGACCCCUAUUGUUUUUGGGGGUCAUUGGGCCAAAGGUCAAGGUCACAGUGACCUUGAAUGGUAAAAGGUUGUCUGAGUGAUAACUCGACAAUGCCUGCACCCACGGCCAUCAAACUUGAAUUGGAGGUUGGGCCUGACCAGUAGAUGGCCCCUAUUGAUUUUAGGGGUCAUUGGGCCAAAGGUCAAGGUAACAGUGACUUUGAACGAUAAAAGGUUGCCUAAGUGAUAACUCAACAAUGCCUGCGCCCAUGGCCCUUAAACUUGACUUGGAGGUUGGGCCUGACCAGUAGAUUACCCCUAUUGAUUUAAGGGGUCAGAGGUCAAGGAGACAGUGACUUUGAAAGCAAACUCGACAAUUCCUGGACCUAUGGUCAUCAAACUUGACAUGAAGGUUGGGCCUGACCAGUAGAUGACCCCUCUUGACUUUGGGGGUCAUCAGGCCAAGGUCAAGGUCACAGUAACCUUUAACGCAAAAAAGUUAACAAAUCUUCUCCCAGUGAUAUCUCAACAAUGCCUGAAUCUGUGAUCAUCAAACUUGACAUAUAAGUUGGGCCUGACCAGGAGAUGACCCUUAUUGAUUUUAGGAGUCAUUGGGUCAAAGGUCAGGUUCACAGUGACCUUGAAUGCGAAAAUGUUUCAAGUGAUAAUUUGACAAUGCCUGCACCCAUGGCCCUCAAACUUGACUUGGAGUUGUGUCUGACCAGUAGAUGACCCCUUAUGAUUUAAGGGGUCAUUGGAUCAAAGGUCAAGGUAACAGUGACCUUGAACGAAAAAUGCUUGUCUGUGUGAUAACUUGUCAAUGCCUGCACCCAUGGCCCUCAAACUUAAUAUUUAGAUUUUUGGUGACCAGCUGAUGACUACUAUGGAUUUUGAGGUCAUAGAGUCAAAGGUCAUGGUCAAAACACACUCUAUCCUCAAACUUUGAAUGGUCAUAAUCUUAAAACUGCCUCAACGGCAUACAAUGUUAGCGACAAAUCAGCUGUCAUUUCGGCCCAUGCAUAUUUCAUUCAAUUGUCCAUAUAAUCCUGACAACAUGGCGCUCAGGGGGGGCAUUAUGUUUGACAAACAUCUCUUGUUAUUCUUGAAAACUCUGUUGAUGUUUUUAUGGCAAAAAGUGUUACUAUCAUGUUAAGAAAAAUGCUCUUUUUGGCCUUUUUCAAUACUAGACAGAUCUGUUUCAUUGCGAGUUAUCUUAUUUGACUGAUCAUAAGGCAGUAGUGCUAAACUCACCUGAUUCUAAGACAAGAAAUUUAAAAAAUGUUACAACUGUCAAUCUGUGAGACUGCACUUUAAAACGUGUGUUAGUUUUACACCCACAACAUCAGCCGCCAGUUUUCAUGAAGAACAGCCAUAGAUUGGUAACUAGGCAUCAUAUUUACAGAGCUCGGCAGCUGAUUGCAUACCAUAACUCUUUGAUCAGUUGUCAACAUGUUAUCUUUGGCCAGUUUGCACAUUUAAGAUUGGAUGAUAGUAGUUAUUGGAUAAUUAUUGGCCAAUCAAUAAUCUUGUUGGUUUACUUUGACCAAACCAAAAGAGGUAGUAACCAGUAUUAUACAAUUGGCUGAUGAAGUCUAUGGUAUAAGCUCUGCAUUUUUUCCCAGUUAGAAUAACUUCAUGUUUUUAUAUCUUUGUUGACAGAUGUCUUUUUUCUGUACAGAGUAGACAGAUGAUUCAGAUGCAAGUGUCUCAAAUGUUUUCAGCCUAGUCUUGAUGAAAUAAAACUUUUAUUACCCUUU